CUCUUUUGGCAAAAAGAACUUUGGAGAGUCUCACCCUCCUGAGGAGUUCCAUUGCACAGGCGGACGAAACGCUGAGAGGGACUUCUGUGCUGCCACGUUCUUCACGUAGAGAGACCAUAGCAAGAAUUGACACGAAUGGGAAUGUUCCGGCAAGGAAGACCCCAAGUUCCAGUAUCGACAGAUCCAGCACUAUGGUGGAAACAUGCCAUUUCUCUUGUGUUGCAGGAAUUCCGAACGGUGUCUUUGGGUCCAGGUGUGCAUCAAAGUAGCCAUGGAAGGCGGUGGAAACUCCGAUCAGAGUAUUUGCAGUUGUACAAAGAUAUGAGAACUGCAAGGAGAGAUAGCCUUGGGUGUAUUGAUGAUGAAGUGAUGGAAGGAGUUGAAUAUGAGUCAUGGCGGCGUAGACUUUCUCGGGGGGCUUGUGGUCGGUCGUCGCGAGAGGGCAUCGGCAACGCGGUUGCUUUUGCCGGGGGUAUGGCAAAUGGUGAACUGGGCAAGGAAGUCCAGCCAGCGGGCUUGGCGUGGAGUGAUAUCUUUCUUGGAGAGGAUGGAGGAGACGAUGGUGUUGUCAGUGCGGAUGGUGAAGUAUUGCCCGUCGAGGUACGGGCGCCAGACUGUGAGGGCGUGAAUCACGGCGAGGAGUUCCUUCUCGUUGGAGGGGUAAUUCAUCUCCGCGGGAAGGAGCUUCUUGCUUGCGAAGGCGAUGGGGUAUUCGCCAGGUGGAGCCUCGGGGUGAGUGGGCAAGUCCUUGAUGGAGGGGGUCUAGACGGUGUCACGGGGGAAAUGUUGGGACAGUACGGCUCCGAUGGCGAAGUCGUAGGCGUCAGUGGUGACAUAGAAAUGGCGAGUGGGGUCGGCGAUCUUGAGGACAGGGGCCGUGGUGAUGGUUUGCUUGAGUAAGUCGAAAGCUUGUUGGCGGCGAUCGUUCCAAUGGAAAGGCUCGUCCUUGCGGGUGAGUUCGUGGGGAGGGUAAGAGAUCUCGGAAAAGUUGCGAAUGAACGGGCGGUAAUAGU